GGCAGAGACGUGCCAGUUGGCUGUCAGGCGGCUGGAGUGGCUGAUUUCUGGUGGGGACCAGAAAGGAGAGGAGGGCACCGAUGGAACCUCUACUGUUCUGUGGACCCUGCUCCCCCAGCCCAGAGGAAGACUGUACCUGAGCUGAGGACACAGCUCCUGGAUGAGCGCCUGCAGCUGUUUGAGUGCUACAGGGCCAUGUUUGCCCUACGCAACCUGGGCAACAAGGAGGCUGUCCUGGCUCUAGGAGAUGGUGAGAGAGACUGGCAGUCAUUCUUAAACUAUGCUGUCUAUGGCAAAUGUCAAUAAAGGAGUGAAUUAGUAGCAUUCAGAAGGGCUUAUUUUGGGCAAAAUGUGCAGCCACAUAAUUCGUAUUCACAUAAGCUAAUUUUCUUGUCCUGAAUUAUUACAUAACCCUCCACUAUCAGCGUCUCUGAAAACACCCACUCACUCAACCCUUUGUAAUCCUUCACAGGUCUUCAGUGUAGCAGUGCCUUGUUCCGCCAUGAGAUCGGGUACGUCCUGGGUCAGAUCCAGCACCCAGCCAUCAUCCCCCAGCUGCAGGCAGCUCUGGAGCUGGAAGGGGAGAACGCCAUGGUGAGGCACGAGUGUGCCGAGGCCAUGGGCGCCAUAGGCAAGGAGGAGUGUAUGAAGAUCCUGGAGCGUUACAGGAAAGACGCAGAGCGCGGGGUAAAGGAGAGCUGUGAAGUAGCCCUGGACAUGCUGGAGGAUGAGAACGGCACACGGUUCCAGUACGCUGACGGACGACCACGACUGCAGGGGCCAAACAGCAAGCAUGGACAUUGGACGCUAUAGGAGAACUGCUAUACAGCGCUAUAAGAGCUUUUCACAGAUGUCAUAACUCAUGAUGACUUAUACACAUUUUCACUAAUUGAAACUAUCUUGACUCUUGCCUGUGAUAAUUGGCCUCUGAGACAAGGCAGUGUAAUAAUUAUAUUACAGUACAUUUUGAGCCAUGUUUUGGUUUGUUUAUUCAUUGUUUUCAUGGAAGCUACAUGAAUAAUAUUGUCAAGAUAAUUGAAUACCUUUCCCCCAAAACUCAGUGAACCGUUCACAUUUAUCUUUAAUUCAGAAUGAUCUGAUAAGCAUCUGAAAUCAGAUUGUUAAUCCACUUUUCUGCUCUGUCAUAUCAUUGAUUUUUAUCUCGAAUUAAAAUAAAGGUAAUAACAUUGUUGUAUUGUCUCAAUGGUGUCGCUUAACACGAUCAUGACAAUAGCGUGCCUGUGUUCUAUCCCAAUCAGAGGUUUUGCAUCAUGAUGGCUAAUCCACACAGUCACUCAGACACAUUGCUAUCCUCUGGGCUUUGACAAAGAUUACAAAUGGGAUGAAAACAUUGUAACUCAACAGUACAAACACCCUGAUCAGGGGGAAAGCGUUUGUAAGUGUGAUGUACAGUAUGUGUGCAUCUUGAGUUGUGACCUCUGCAGAGAGUGGGGAAAGAAAGGCAGCUGUCAGUUCUGUGGAGGGAUAGAGAAUAACCAGCAUUCUGAGAGGGAGGGCAACAGCUAUAGUAAAACAGGGAUAAAUGACACACUCCUGAUCACUAAACCUAGCUAAACAGUGCCCAGCCUUCCCUCAACCUACCAACACCUCAGUCACCAUGAUGCACCCCAUCAUGAUCGGCAUCGUUGUUGUCAUCACCGUCAUCUACUGGAUCUUCAUCCUCACAGAGGCCUUCCAUAGGAAGAUAGAGGAAGAGACCCUGCUUAAAUUACUGACCUUACAGAGUUGUCCUGCUCAGAGAAGAUAGAUUUGAGUGUUUCCUGUUUUGUCUGGGGGAAAUGCUCAGUCCUCCACACCUUCAGCACAGUGCUCCUGCCAUUGGAGCACAGUUUUACACAUAGGUAAUGCAUUUCUUUGAAACUGAUCAAAUACAUUUCUGGAUAUAAUUAGCUGUAUUUCUAACAUCAGAUAUUAUGAGGGGUUUUCUGACUCACAUUCAUACAGGAAAGGCUGUGACCUUGUCUUGCCUCUUGUGGCAUUUUGAUUGUUACGUUCGUUCAUAGACGGGACAGACCAAGGCGCAGCGUGAUAUGCGUACAUGUUUCUUUUAACUUAAUAAACAACACGACAAAACAACAAACUAAACGAAACGUGAAGUCCAAGGUAGAACACAAAACAUACCUUACACGGAACAAGAUCCCACAACUACACAGUGCCAAUAGGUUUGCCUAAGUAUGGUCCCCAAUCAGAGACAACGAGCGACAGCUGCCUCUGAUUGGGAACCACACCGGCCAACAUAGAAAUACACAUACUAGAUUAACACCCAUAGAAAAUACAACAUAGACAAUCACACCCUGACUCAACAAAUAAGAGUCCCCAGAGUCAGGGGCGUGACAUUGAUGUUGAAGCUUAUCUCCGGAUUGGGUAGAGAUUUAAUCAUACACACAAUGCAGAGUGAAAAAAGCAGGAAUCUCUUUUUUUUUCUCGCUUGGUGUGUCAUCGUAUGGAUACCAGAUGAUUACUUACUACUGCUCACAUAAGGAGAGGAAAAUUCACCAAAUACAGCCUUAGAUCAGGGAAACGAUAGAGGGAAAUGUAUGGACUGAAGGGAAACAGCCAAAGGAAUCUUUGUCUGCAGCUCAACCCAGCAAGGUAUUGAACUAUCUCUUUUCCUCAUUCUAGUGUCAACAUUUGUAAUUUGUUUACUAGUGCUACGUUUGAUCACUCAACAUAGCCUGUUGAUUAUAUGUAUGAUGCAGAAUCAUGUGGAAAGUACCUUUGUGCUCAUUACACAUCAUCCAAUAUGUUUUCAAUUAUUUCCAAUUGUAUCCUUAUACUUUGCCAAUUAUAUGAUCUGAUAAUCAGUAAUUGGCCUAUAUAUGGAGAAUGUCCUACUAAAUUGAUACCUAUUUAUUUUGACACAUCUAAAAUAGUUUCCAUCUCAAACAUGAUUUGGCGGAAACCAGGUUUAAAUUAUCUCAGAGAGAAAGGAUGUCAUUGACUACUCAUGGCCAUACUCAUUCACUCAUACUGUCACGCGUCAUUCACAGCCAUCAUCCUAGUCUGACAGGGAACACUGUUGAGGAUGAAUUAGGUCUGGGUGUCGAAGGUUAUGAGGGACACAGAGACUUAUGUAGCGUUAGACACAUACAGUGAGGGAAAAAAGUAUUUGAUUCCCUGCUGAUUUUGUACGUUUUCCCACUGACAAAGGCACGAUCAGUCUAUAAUUUUAAUGGUAGGUUUAUUUGAACAGUGAGAGACAGAAUAACAACAAAAAAAUCCAGAAAAACGCAUGUCAAAAAUGUUAUAAAUUGAUCUGCAAUUUAAUGAGGGAAAUAAGUAUUUGACCCCUCUGCAAAACAUGACUUAGUACUUGGUGGCAAAACCCUUGUUGGCAAUCAGAGGUCAGAUGUUUCUUGUAGUUGGCCACCAGGUUUGCACACAUCUCAGGAGGGAUUUUGUUCCCCCCUCUUUGUAGAUCUUCUCCAAGUCAUUAAGGUUUCGAGGCUGACAUUUGGCAACUCGAACCUUCAGCUCCCUCCACAGAUUUUCUAUGGGAUUAAGGUCUGGAGACUGGCUAGGCCACUCCAGGACCUUAAUGUGCUUCUACUUGAGCCACUCCUUUGUUGCCUUGGCCGUGUGUUUUGGGUCAUUGUCAUGCUGGAAUACCCAUCCACGACCCAUUUUCAAUGCCCUGGCUGAAGGAAGGAGGUUCUCACCCAAGAUUUGACGGUACAUGGUCCCAUCCAUCGUCCCUUUGAUGCGGUGAAGUUGUCCUGUUCCCUUAGCAGAAAAACACCCCUAAAGCAUAAUGUUUCCACCUCCAUGUUUGACGGUGGGGAUGGUGUUCUUGGGGUCAUAGGCAGCAUUCCUCCUCCUCCAAACACGGUGAGUUGAGUUGAUGCCAAAGAGCUCGAUUUUGGUCUCAUCUGACCACAACACUUUCACCCAGUUCUCCUCUGAAUCAUUCAGAUGUUCAUUGGCAAACUUCAGACGGCCCUGUAUAUGUGCUUUCUUGAUCAGGGGGACCUUGCGGGCACUGCAGGAUUUCAGUCCUUCACGGCGUAGUGUGUUACCAAUUGUUUUCUUGGUGACUAUGGUCCCAGCUGCCUUGAGAUCAUUGACAAGAUCCUCCCGUGUAGUUCUGGGCUAAUUCCUCACCUCAUGAUCAUUGCAACUCCACGAGGUGAGAUCUUGCAUGGAGCCCCAGGCCGAGGGAGAUUGACAGUUAUUUUGUGUUUCUUCCAUUUGCGAAUAAUCGCACCAACUGUUGUCACCUUCUCACCAAGCUGCUUGGCGAUUGACUUGUAGCCCAUUCCAGCCUUGUGUAGGUCUACAAUCUUGUCCCUGACAUCCUUGGAGAGCUCUUUGGUCUUGGCCAUAGUGGAGAGUUUGGAAUCUGAUUGAUUGAUUGCUUCUGUGGACAGGUGUCUUUUAUACAGGUAACAAACUGAGAUUAGGAGCACUCCCUUUAAGUGUUUGCUCCUAAUCUCAGCUCGUUACCUGUAUAAAAGACACCUGGGAGCCAGAAAUCUUUCUGAUUGAGCGGGGGUCAAAUACUUAUUUCCCUCAUUAAAAUGCAAAUCAAUUUAUAACAUUUUUUACAUGCGUUUUUCUGGAUUAUUUUGUUGUUAUUCUGUCUCUCACUGUUCAAAUAAACCUACCAUUAAAAUUAUAGACUGAUCAUGUCUUUGUCAGUGGGCAAACAUACAAAAUCAGCAGGGGAUCAAAUACUUUUUUCCCUCACUGUAGGAGUGACUCUUGACCCUUCAGUCCAGUUUCACUCAAAGCUCAGGUGGAGUAGGGCUACUGACCCUGUUGCUGACAAGAGGGACUCCAGUCCUCCCUGCCAGGCCAGCCUCACACAGCAGACAGCAUGGAACUUCCUGUUGUCUCAAGUUUUCUGCAAGAAGAUCAAGGAUGCACCCAACCCUGAGGAGGUCGUCCCAGUCUGAGUGAGCAAUGCCUUUACUGACUAUCAAUCAAUCAAUCAAAUGUUAUUUAUAAAGCCCUUUUUACAUCAGCAGAUGUCACAAAGUGCUAUACAGAAACCCAGCCUAAAACCCCAAACAGCAAGCAAUGCAGAUGUAGAAGCACGGUGGCUAGGAAUAACUCCCUAGAAAGGCAGAAACCUAGAGAGGAACCAGGCUCUGAGGGGUGGCCAGUCCCCUUCUGGCUGUGCCGGGUGGAGAUUAUAACAGUACAUGGCCAUUAAGGCCAGAUUUUCUCUAAGAUGUUCAAACGUUCAUAGAUGACCAGCAGGGUCAAAUAAUAAUCACAGUGGUUGUAGAGGUUUAGUACAGUAUAUCAGGAGUAAAUGUCACUUGGCUUUUCAUAGCCGGGCAUUUAGAGGUUGAAAUAGCAGGUGCGGUAGAGAGAGAUAGUUGAAAACAGAAGGUCUGGGACAGGGUAGCACGUCCGGUGAACAGGUCAGGGUUCCAUAGCCGCAGGCAGAAGAGUGGAAACUGGAGUAGCAGCACGACCAGGUGGACUGGGGACAGCAAGGAGUCAUCAGGCCAGGUAGUCCUGAGGCAUGGUCCUAGGGCUCAGGUCCUCCGGGAUGGGAGGGAGAUAGAGAGAUAAUUAGAGGGAGCAUACUUAAAUUCAUACAGGGCACUGGAUAAGACAGGAGAAUAACACCAGAUAUAACAGACUGACCCUAGCCCCCCGGCACAUAGACUAUUGCAGCAUAGAUACUGGAGGCUGAGACAGGGGGGGUCGGGAGACACUGUGGCCCCGUCCGACCAUACCCCCAGACAGGGCCAACCAGGCAGGAUAUAACCCCACCCACUUUGCCAAAGCACAGCCCCCACACCACCAGAGGGAUAUCAACAGACCACCAACCUACUACCCUGAGACAAGGCUGAGUAUAGCCCAUGAAGAUCUCCUCCACUGCACAAGCCCGAGGGAGCGACAAACCGGACAGGAAGAUCACAUCAGUGACUCAACCCACUCAAGUGAUGCACCCCUCCUAGGGACGGCAUGGAAAGCACCAGUAAGCCUGAGACUCAGCCCCCGUAAUAGGGUCAGAGGCAGAGAAUCCCAAUGGAGAGACAGGAACCGGCCAGGCAGAGACAGCAAGGGCGAUUUGUCGCUCCAGUGCCUUUCCGUUCAACUUCGCACUCCUGGGCCAGACUACACUCAAUCAUAGGACCUACUGAAGAGAUGAGUCUUCAGUAAAGAUUUAAAGGUCGAGACCAAGUCUGCGUCUCUCACAUGGAUAGGCAGACCAUUCCAUAUACAUUGAUCUCUAUAGGAGAAAGCCCUGCCUCCAGCUGUUUGCUUAGAAAUUCUAGGGACAAUAAGAAGGCCUGCAUCAUGUGACUGUAGCGUACGUGUAGGUAUGUACGGCAGGACCAAAUCGGAGAGAUAGGUAGGAGCAAGCCCAUGUAAUGCUUUGUAGGUUAACAGUAAAACCUUGAAAUCAGCCCUAGCCUUAACAGGAAGCCAGGCUAGCACUGGAGUAAUAUGAUCACAUUUUUGGGUUCUAGUCAAGAUUCUAGCAGCCGUGUUUAGCACUAACUGAAGUUUAUUUAGUGCUUUAUCCGAGAGAUAAGGCUUUAGGAUAAUUUCUAGGUUUUGCUGGUGCUUUUGCUAUCUGUACUCUGCUUUUGAUGAGGGAGAGUGGCUCAUGUAGUACUUAUGUAGUGUUCUAGUCAGUGAUGAUACAGCUAAUGCUAAACCAGCCUGAACUGUUGUGAAUCAGCUGCUCUGUCUCAUAGACAGCAUGGGAACACUCAUUUUGUGGCUGUGGCUGUUUGUAAUGUAUGAUGGGAACCUCGACAGCCUCAGCUCUGUUGAGAGGCACUAUUCAGUCUCGACCGCCUCAGCUCUGUUGGGAGGCAGUAUUCAGUCUCGACCGCCUCAGCUCUGUUGGGAGGCAGUAUUCAGUCUCGACAGCCUCAGCUCUAUUGGGAGGCAGUAUUCAGUCUCGACAGCCUCAGCUCUGUUGGGAGGCAGUAUUCAGUCUCGACCGCCUCAGCUCUGUUGGGAGGCAGUAUUCAGUCUCGACCGCCUCAGCUCUGUUGGGAGGCAGUUUUCAGUCUUUUACGUGACAUCAGUCUCCUCAGUCUGAGAGAACUCUUUCUGCACUUUGGUUGCAUGAGCAAGCUUCAACUAUGUUUUGACAUGUACUCUCAGGGCUUUAGACACCUCCUCCACAUUUCAUCUUACAGUAACUCUCUCAUUCCUGUGUCUGUUUCUUCAUUCCUUCAUUCCAUCACAAAUAGCAACAUAUUCUCUGAAAAUCAGACGUCAUUGUCAGUUGACUUCAGGGAAGUUCAUUAUGGGAAUAAAGAUAUCCUUCUUCACAACAGAUGUACUGUAUGUUCCCCUUAUUUGAUCUUUCAUUUUGGGAGUUUCUGCCCUAAAAGAAAUACUGCUAACUCCCUUGUUCUAUCUUGCCUUACCAGCCAUAAGGCUCAAUAUGAAGAAUAUACUGGACAUGAGCCGCACAGACGAAGUCUCCAUUUAGUUCACUGUUCUUUUCUUUGUAAAAUAAUCUUUCCUCCAGAUAUCAUUCCAUGAUGGUGUUUUUCACCAACAUGGUCAAUUAAUUCUCAUAUACCCCUAAUCAACGUCCCCUUUCAACUAAUUCAAUUUGUGGAUGGAUUCCUCACAGACCAGAACACUUUGGCUGUACCAUGUAGUGUCCUGGGGGAGAGGUGUGGACUGGGUCCUAGGCCCCGACCCCGAUGAAGAGGAAGGUGCGUGUGACCCUAAAGGAGGGGAGAAGGAGGAGAGGUGGAAGAGGUGGAUGACCAUCAGAACAGUAGACGAGGGGAAGGGGAUCCUAAUAUUGGUCAGAUCUCCCAGCAUAUAAAAGCAAAUACUCAACCUUCUUUUGCAGAAAACAGACCCACAACCUUUUCAGUCAGUUGGGGUCUGAAGAACAUUUUGCCUAAGGUCCCCUGAUAAUAAUUCCCUGUCCACUCUAUUCUGCUCUCUCCUCUGUCCUCAGUUCCUCCCAGGUUGGCUCCCAAACAGCCAAAUCCCAUCUCUGUUACUUCUAAUCUAAUCCUGUUUUUAUACAAAUAAAAUGAAACUGCAACCCAAUCCCUUUUUUAACAAUGUAAUUUAAGCAUCAGAUGUAUAGUUGCAUAGUGUAAACUAAGAUACUGUAUGUACCAACAAUGUUACUGUAUUAUAAUGUCUGUACUGUAUAGAAUAACAAAUGUAGACAGUUUGAACAAUCCAACGGUGCAGAAAUAUUCAUUUGUGCCAGUGGCUCCGAGAUUUUCCAUUUCCUUUUGACCCCAGUAGAAAAAACAGUUGAAUCUUUACUAUAAGAAGUCAUCUCACAUAACACCAUGGGAUUGAGCAGCACCUGGACAAACACACUCAACACUCAUCGCUUUUGCGAGUGUUGAGCUAUAUGUGCUGCUGUAACGCUGUAGAUGUAAAUACAUCUGUUUGCUUGUGACUAAGGUGGCCAAAGAGGAUGACCCUCGUUCCAAUAAAGGAAGGACUAAGCCUGUUUGUCUGUCUGUCUGUUUGUCUGUCUGUCUGUCUGAACGUGUAUAUCUGCUUUAUCCCCUUAUCCCGAUCCUCCAUUAUCAUGUGGCGCUAAGCUAAGCCAGUCUGACUCAGAGACAGGGCAGGGGGGAAUAAGGCCUCAGCCGUGGCAGCUCAGGGAUUUCGCAAUGACACACAAGGUCACACAAGACGUGCUGUUAUCGCCUACCAUUCUGGUCUAGGACCACUACAAUACACAGUGGUGAGCUCUGCAAGAGUAGUCUGUUAGGUCACUAUAUGCAUUGGAUAUCAAUAUAUGGUUUGGCAUUAGAAGAGUUUAGUUGAUUGGAAUUCUUCCAUUGCCCAAUAAAGGCCAGGAUUAUUACAGCUCUCAGAUUAAAUGAUGGGUUGACAGAGGGGUCUUGGUAAAAAUAUUAUUGUCAGACAUGCUUAACAGUAAUACUUACUUACAAAACAUACAAAAAUGGCACCAAUAAAGGAACCAUAUCCCCUAUCUCGCAUUUUGGAACUAUGGAUAGAAGCCCUCUCCAGCGACACUACCACCUGUCUCUCUUUUGGAGAUGUGGGUGGAACCUUCGGCCUAAUUUACACUUUUUGUUUUCCAAUCCUAAAUCCAGGCUCAGAGAACUGACCUUGACCUGGCCCUUACAGUACGUACUAAGUACAUUAGCUUGCGUGGGUCUCUUUGCAGUCAAUGCAAUCUGGGACUAGAGCACUCCUGCAGCCAUGGCAACCUCAUGCUGAGUGGUACCCAGCACAAGGGCUGCAGUGGGAUGACAUGUAAUACAUCUAAAAUAACAGCUUCUCAGUUGGAGAGAAGUUUGAUGAGCAAGAUCGAUUGAUGCGUGGUUGUUUUCGAAGAUCGGAGAUUACUGUUGGAAAUUAAUACAGCCUGUCAAAUUAGGAAGCGGUGAAAGAAAACAUUGAUACUGGUAGGUACACAAGUUGUUCUUAUUUGCAGAAAUCUUUGAUACACAUGACCUAUAAAGAAAUGUAAUCUAUACAUUGUACUGAAUUGACUGCUAAUAUACUCAGCAUGCUACUUUAAGCACGUCUUUGUGUAUGGACAGGUAGACCAGAUGGCAACAUCAAUGAGGCUGCCACACUCCCCUUGAAGAAGAGUGGAGGUAGACUAGAGUGAGGGGACAAUGGACCAUAACCUGGACUAUGGGGAACCCACAAGAGGAGGAGGUGUUCUUUGAGUCCUACAAGCCUCCCUCUCGGGACGCUAUCACCCUGCCCAACUAUGUUAUCUAUCUGUUCCUAGCAUCGGUGGUGGCUCUGAUCGCCCUGUACGCCAUCAUCAGGCACCUCAUCAAAGAGCUGAUUCAUGACCUAGCAGGUACAGCUACCACUACACUCCCACACCACACUGAAGCCAACUGGCCGCACUGUUUGUCUUGUGUCAGUCAGCAAUGAAAUGACGAGAAUAUUAUCAAAAUAUCACAAUCUAAUUAUUAGAAAUUAUCAUUCUGUAGCUGACUACAAACAUGCUGAUAUAGUCUGGAAUUAAUUGAAUUGAAUAUCUCCGUUUAAAAAGUUUUGCCAUAUUGUGUUCUCCCCCCCCCCCCUCCCUGUAUAGACUACCUGUUUGGGGUGCAGCCUGACGAGGAGGUGGUUAACCCCUGGGAGUGUAGGGACAAGUUCCAGGUGGACUGGUGUCCAGAGACCAACGCUGAGCUGGAAGCUAUGGUCAAGGCGGAGGAGAUCCACUGCCUGAUGGAGGGCAACAAGAACAUGCCUGCCAUCUGGGUCAUCUCAGAUGGACGUGAGCCACGGCCCCCACGCACGGGCCCCAGGGUCGCCUUCGGCAGGAUGAGCUAGCUACAAAGGGGCAGACACACAGACUCAUACUGCUAGGGACAAGGCAGGGUACAGCAACGUGGCAGAUGCACUGUAAACUGUAAGCCAAAUGAGAUAUACUGUGUUGUAAUCAUGUACUCAUUACUGCAUUACACAAUAAUCUCCACAUGCUGGCAGCAUGCCAAGAGCUUCAUAAGUGAACAGUCGUUGUUAUUUUAUUAGUGUUUAGACUAGGCCUUUUGACCUGCUUUUGACCAUAUGAAGAGGAAAUGCUUUCAGGACUUUCAACUGUGAGCAAUGUUGUUGAACACGUUUACAUCAAAAUAAUUCCAUAUGGUUUCUGAUUUUAAACCAUUUCUCUCACAAAUACUCUUGUUUUCUAUUUAUUACACAUUUAUUUUACACAAUAUUACACAUUUGCAUACUAUCCAGUAAACGCGUAGCAUGAUCGUUACUGAAAGCUGGUUUCAUAAACAAAUGAAAAGCCAUGAGUUUGGAGUGGACACACCUUUCAUUCCAUACAAUCUGCUGGCAUCAUUGGCAACAUAGUGCAAUCUGGUUGCUCUCUGUGCUGUAUAUUGCACUUUGACCUCACAGGACGUUACCAGUCCAGAAGGAGUAUCGUAACAGUGAACAGGUUCUACACUACACCAACCUCAGAGGUCUCCUGGGACAAACAAGGAUUCAUAAUGUCUCUCCACAAAACUCUCCUGGUCUGCUUAUUACUGGCUGUUUGUGUUAACCAGGCCCAGAGCGGUAAGCCAAACGGUAAGUCAUCGUCGAUGAUCAAUCAUACUAGCUAGAUAUUGAUGCAAAGCACUGUGUUUAACAACAAUUGUGUAAUAAUAACCUCACCUUGCACCUUCCGACUGAGGUUGGCAUUAUGUUAUCGCUGUGAACACUGUUAGUCAGUACUAGUCAGCGAUGUUUAACUCUUUAUUCAAAUAUCUUACAUCAUCAUGAUAAUAUAGAGUCCACAUACUACAACACUAUCAAUGGUGUGGUAUCAAUGAUCAAAUCAGAGUUUUCUGGUCAAUACAUAACUCUUUGUUCCCUAUAUAGGAGGCUUACGGAUCACUACAUCGAAGGGUGGGACCCUGCAGCCUUGGCUUGUCGGUCUGGCUGCUGUAGUGGGAUUCCUCUUCAUCGUCUUCGUCGCCCUCAUUGUACAAAGGCUUUUCUUCAAGAAGGAAAAGUUAGUACUCCAGAGGUGG